GGUGAGUGCAGCCGCCGCUGUCCACGGUGCUGCCGGUGCUGGACCCGGCCGCGCGCCGCCCGAGGGCUCCAGCACCUGCAGGCAACGCCCUCUCGCACCCUGCGUGCCCCGUGGGACCCGCUUCCCCAGCAGGACGCAGAUCAACUCGACAAAGGAGUGUGGCUUCGCUUCGGACGUGGAGAGUCCUCCGUGCCACCUGGGCGCCCGUUCAGGCGUGACUUUGGAGAUUGCUACAGUUUCAGACCAAACUAUUUUGAUUUUCCCCCGUUAAGACGUUCUUUUCAGUAUAUAUAUUUUUUUCAAUUGUGAUUUAUAUAUCCACGGCAUUUAGGAAUAUUUCCGGGGGACUUUUGUGACUGUUAACAUAAGGUGAAAAGCUAGAAGGAUGUUUAAGUGCUGGCCAGCAGUUUUGGUACUCGGAUUCAUUUUUCUGGAGGCAGAAGGAAGGCCAACGAAAGAAGCAGGGUACAGUCUUAAACCCUACCAGCCCCUCGUGCGACUGAGACAUAAGCAGGAAAAAAGUCAAGAAAGUUCAAGAAUAAAAGGCUUUCUGACCGAGGAUGGCCCCUUUGGGUCCUGUGAAAACAAGUACUGUGGCUUGGGACGGCGCUGUGUCAUCAGCAGAGAGACGGGCCACGCCGAGUGUGCCUGCAUGGACGUCUGCAGACGGCACUACAAGCCCGUGUGCGGGUCCGACGGGCAGUUCUACGAAAACCACUGUGAAGUGCACAGAGCCGCUUGCCUGAAAAGACAGAAGAUCACCAUCGUGCACAACGAAGACUGCUUCUUCACAGGAGACAACUGCAAGAACACUGAGUACAGCAAGAUGAAAAACAUGCUUUUAGAUUUACAAAAUCAAAAAUAUAUUAUGCAAGAAAAUGAAAAUCCUAAUGAUGAUGACUUAUCGCGGAAGAAGCUGUUGGUGGAUCAGAUGUUUAAAUAUUUUGAUGCAGACAGUAACGGACUUAUAGAUAUUAACGAACUAACUCAGGUGAUAAAACAGGAAGAGCUUGCCAAGCAUCAUUCGGACUGUUCAUUGUAUGACCUCCUCAAAUACGAUGAUUUCAACGUGGACAAGCACCUAGCGCUGGAGGAAUUUUAUAGAGCAUUCCAGGUCAUCCAGCUGAGUCUGCCCGAGGAUCAGAGGCUGAGCAUUGCUGCAGCCACCGUGGGACAAAGUGCUGUCCUGAGCUGUGCCAUCCAGGGAGCCCUGAGACCUCCCAUCAUCUGGAAGAGGAACAACAUCGUCCUCAAUAACUUAGAUCUGGAAGACAUCAAUGACUUUGGAGAUGAUGGGUCCUUGUAUAUUACUAAGGUCACCACAACCCACAUGGGGAAUUACACCUGCUAUGCAGACGGCUAUGAACAAGUCUAUCAGACUCAUAUCUUCCAAGUGAACGUCCCUCCAGUCAUCCGAGUGUACCCAGAGAGCCAGGCCAGAGAGCCAGGGGUGACGGCCAGCCUUCGGUGUCACGCCGAGGGCAUCCCAGACCCGCAGCUGGGCUGGCUGAAGAAUGGAGUGGAUAUCACACCCAAGCUGUCCAAACAGCUCACUCUGCAAGCGAACGGCAGCGAGGUUCACAUAAGCAACGUGCACUACGAAGACACCGGCGCAUACACGUGCAUCGCCCGGAACGAAGCCGGCGUGGACGAAGACAUCUCCUCCCUGUUUGUGGAAGACUCUGCUAGAAAGACCCUAGCUAACAUAUUAUGGAGAGAAGGUCUGGGAAUUGGGAACAUGUUCUACGUGUUUUAUGAAGAUGGAAUCAAAGUGGUACAGCCCAUAGAAUGUGAAUUUCAGAGGCACAUUAAGCCCAGUGAAAAGCUCCUCGGGUUUCAGGAUGAAGUCUGCCCCAAGGCGGAGGGAGAGGAAGCUCAGAGGUGUGUGUGGGCCUCAGCUGUUAACGUCAAAGACAAGUUCAUAUACGCUGCCCAGCCGACCUUGGACAGAGUCCUCGUCAUUGAUGUGCAGUCCCAAAAAGUCGUCCAGCAAAAGCUGAGACAAUACAAGCUUCCGUUAGAGAAGAGUAAGUUGGCCGGACUUACUAGGUAUGAGGAACAGGAGGAACAUGUGUACCGUCACUGGCAGAGUGCUCUAGCAGACACUGCUAUGGUCGUCUUUCCCGUCUCUCGGACCAUGGCUCUCAUUUGA